UGUGUGUGUGUUACAGUGAGUGUGAGCUCUGCAAGCCAUCACACAGCGUCCGCUGCCGGGGCAGUCACACACUCAUGCUUACGGAAGCCUGUUGAUUCUCUUUAAUUUUUUUUUGCUAUGGCACAAGAUGCCUAAAUUCUUAAGCCGACAAUACAAGAGCCAGAAAAUGCAGCCCCCUGUUGUUUCUGCUCACGAUUGCUCUCUCUUCCUCUACUCCUUCAAGCAAAGCAAAGCUGCCGUACGAUUGAAAGAAGAUAUGAAAAAGGUGGUGGCGAGGCCUGGCAGAGGGCAGCCUUCCGUGCCACGCACAAAAGUGUUUGGGGCGCAGCUUAAGGACUUGCACAAGGAGGGACUGGUGAUGAACAGCGUCCCGAGCGUGGUGUGGAGUGUCGUGGAGUACUUGAGGAGUGAAGGGAUGACUCAGGAGGGGCUAUUCAGAGUGAAUGGAAACGUCAAAGUGGUCGAACAGCUGCGUCUUAGGUAUGAAACUGGAGAACCAGUGAUGCUGGCAGAUGACACGGAUGUCCACUCGGUCGCCAGCUUACUUAAACUGUUCCUCCGAGAGAUGCCAGAUGGUAUAAUCAGUGCUGGAAUUGUCCCCAAGUUUAUUCAGGUUUACCAUGAAAGUGGAAAUGACACACAGAGAGUAAAUGGCUUCAAGAAUCUGCUAAAAGAAUUGCCGGAUACCCACUACAGCCUGCUCAAGUACCUCUGUCACUUUCUAACCCAGGUGGUGGAACACCAAGCAGAGAACCGUAUGAAUUGUUAUAAUCUGGCUACUGUUUUUGGACCAAACUGUUUCCAUGUGGCCUCUGGGUUUGAAGGUAUGAAGCAGCAGGAAACCUGCAACAAAAUCUUGGAGAGGUUGCUGGAAGAUUAUACUAAAUUCUUUGAAAGUGAACACACUGAGAAAAAUGGGCUGCGUGAAGAUGUGGCAAGAAUCAUUACUGUCAAAGAGUAUAAUCCAGAGAAGCCCCUUUGUCCUGAAAAGAGCGUUGAAGCGGAUGACUGCAUCCCAUCCCCAAGGACAAAGGAGGUUGUCAUUGGCUGUCCCAAUAGACAAUCGAAUAAUUCCGUAUUAGAGCUUGACAAAUCAUCAUCUCCAAGAAGAAAGGAGGUUCUUCUUGACAGCUGCAUCGGGCAGUCAGAUAACUCCAAAUUAGAUGUUGUCAAAUCAUCGUCUCCGAGAAGAAAGGUCAUCAAGUCUAAGGUUGGAGUGCGACUGCCUGAAUUUCCUGUGCCUCAGCCAAAAACAUCUGAAGGAAUCCCCCAGACCAGUGCACGCGUUACAGAAAUGGCAGCCUCUCCUGAGGACAUGGACCUACUGGAUCACAUCUCCUUACCUUCUAGCAGCACAGAGUCCGUUCACAGCUCCCAAGAAGAUGAACGGCCGAUGUCCCCCUUCUACAUGAGUGGUCACGUGACUCAAGUUAACACCGUCCCAGCUGGCAGAGAACUUCUGGAGAGGACCAUUCGAACAGCUGUGGAGCAGCAUCUCUUUGACGUUCUUGGUCCUGGAAGCCAAAGUUCAGAAGAUUCAGAAUCUGGGACGUCAUCUCCUUCAACCAGCCUGUCUGCAAGACAGAGGAGAAGACAUUUGAAAGAACAUGAUGAAACCCGGAAAAAACCAAGAGACAUGGAGGUGAUUAACAAGGAGAACAUCCCCUCUGGAUGUGGGAGCCUUGAAGAGUGUGGCUUGACACAGGAAGGGGAGAAGCUUCAGGAAAACUGCUCUGGAUACAUAGAAGAAAGAAGUAAACCAAAGAGGCAAAAAUCAAGCAGCAAGCUUUCUGAGCUCAACGACAACCAGGAGAGUACGCUGAGUACAGAAAACUUUAUCUCCUCUAAAAGUGUCGACAGACAGGAGUUUAGCGGCAUGGAAGUGCUGUCCGAGGCAAGCAAAGACAACGAAAAUGACAGAGAGUAUUUCAGACCACCCCCGACUGUAAAAAUGAAGAUUCAGGAACCCCAGAACAAUUCUGAAGCUAAACAGCAGAGAGGUCUGGAGGUCGAUGCUGUGGAGGAGAGCUUCGUCCCAGAGGUGCCACGUCUGGACCUCACAUCAUUGUGUGAUGACAACAACUGGGAAGAACCAGUUCCUGCUCAGACCUCAUGGGAUCGGGACCCUGCAGACCCCGAUGAGGCCCGUCUGUCUCCUCAAGCAGGACGUCUUAUCCGCCAGCUUCUGGAAGCAGACAGUGACCCUAUGCUGUCUCCUCGUUUUUAUGCCUAUGGGCAUAGCCAGCAGUUCCUGGAUGACACUGAGGUUCCUCCUUCACCGCCAAACUCCCAUUCAUUCGUGAGUCGGAGACGCAGUUCCUCGCUGGGAUCACAUGAAGACGAUAGAGAUGAAGAUCUGACACCGGCACAACUCACUCGCAAGAUCCAGAGCCUCAAGAAAAAAAUACGCAAGUUUGAAGAAAAAUUUGAGGAAGACAGAAAAUACAGGCCUUCUCAUCGCGACAAAGCUACCAACCCAGAGGUCCUAAAGUGGAUGAAUGAGCUGGCAAAGUUCCGUAAACAGCUAAAAGAGUCCAAAUUAAAGAUCUCAGAAGAGGACCUGGUUCCUCAAGUGCGCCAGAGGAGCAACACCCUGCCCAAAAGCUUUGGCUCCCAACUCGACCGGGAGGAAGAAAGGAAGCAAGAAGUUGCAGAGAAAAUAACCAAGCCUUCAAUAGAAACCACAUUGGAGUCUAUCCAGAAGAAGCUUGAGGAGAAACGAGCAGAGGUGAAUCGACCCGACGAUGUCAAGGACAUGACCAGAGAUCAAAUUGCAGCAGAGAAAGUGUCCCUUCAGAAAGCUUUGCUUUUUUAUGAAAGUGUUCAUGGCAGGCCAGUAACUAAGAACGAGAGGCAGCUAAUGAAACCACUGUAUGACCGAUACAGACUGUUCAAGCAGAUUCUCUAUCGAGCAAACACCAUCCCAGUCAUUGGAUCCCCCUCCAGCAAGAGGAGAAGCCCUUUGCUGCAGCCAAUAAUCGAGGGUGAAACAGCAUCCUUCUUCAAGGAGGAAGAAGAAGAAGGAUCAGACGAAGACAGCAAUGCGAACACAGACUUUGCCGUUACUAUGAAGCCAGGGUUCACUGUAAAGAGUUUUUUAGACCAGCUAGAGGAGGACGCAGAUGGCUUUGUAUCACCGGUGGAUGACAAGACCCCAUCGAAGAGCAGCCAAGACCUUGGGCUUGGAAACCUUCAUUCUGCAUCAGUGUCUGAGCUUCUCGAACAACUGCAGGAAGCAAAGGAAGAGAAAAAGAGGAUAAGGAAAAAACUCAGAGAUUUUGAGGAUAAUUUUUUUAGGCAAAACGGAAGAAAUGUUCAGAAAGAAGACCGAACACCCAUGGCUGAAGAAUAUAGUGAGUACAAGCACAUGAGAGCAAAGAUUCGACUACUAGAGGUUUUAAUCACCAAAAGAGGCACUUCACAGCCAGUGUAAUGGCGGGAAACAUUUUUUCAGAACUGGAACAGCUUGUAUCCUAAGAUUAAACUACACUAAGCCGGUUGGGAAGGUUUGCCAACUGAAACUAAAGCUACAUCCUCAAAGUGAUGGUUGCUUCAGACUUUUAAAGUGCCCCAACGGUACUGGAUGCUCUCGUGAGCAGAAGUGGUCUUCUUUUCUUCAGGAGGAGGAUGCUCUUAUGACACAAGUAUUCCUGCUUAUUGGACAACGGGAUUGGAAGGCAGUUUAUUUUAAACCAGCAUCAAGGUACGCUCCAAACCCAAGGUACGACUGCAGUACAAGACGUGUACGUUCGUUCGGAGCCACCUAAAUACUACUAAACACUAACCUGAACAUGGGGGAUGGUAUGUCCUGGAAGGACUACUGGUUACAAUACCAUUAUGGAACUACAUGGAUUACAGCUGCUUUGCGUAAACGGGCUGUAUCAUAUCUUUUAUCUUGUUAUACCAGUCACAAGCCGUAAUCUGGCUGAUGGAUGUAAAACACAGGGAUUUACACUUGGCUCUGCAUCAUAAAUGGAUCUUGUCCAUUGACACACUGGUACUGAAUUGCAUAUCCAGGAUGAUAUAUUACCUCACGUUAACACAAUUUAAGUGAAAGCGAUGGGAAACGCUAUGGAUUUGGAUUGCAAGUCUUGGUCCAUGUUGUACUUUUGGCAUCCAUUACACCUGAUGGAAAAACCUUGCUUUCCUAUCCGAACUAGAUUUUUACACCACAAAGAGGUAGACAGAAAAUGGGGGGAAAACUAUUGGAUGAGUUUUCAGACUUACCAUCAGAGUUUAAACUGUCUAUAUAAUGUUCAUUGGUGACUGGUGGACUUUUUUUUUAACAAAAUUAUCUUUGUUAACAAUAUUAUGCGUUAAUUACAUUUGUGCAGUUUCUUUAUUGCUUUACCGUUACACACAUUGAAGAUGAAUCCCUUCCCUCCUUUUGCAGCAUGCACUUUCUUCUUUAUAAAAUAACUGUAAUGCUUAUAAAGAACUAAUCCGACUGUC